AUGCAAGGCACGGGCCUGGACAAGAUGAACGACGGUGGGAGCGACCUCUCGAACCUAAACGAGGGCAGCACCACCACCGCCAGUGCCAACGUACCCAACGAAUCCAGCAAAAACGGCGAUAGUGGUGCUGGGAGUAGUGGAGGAGCUGACACAGGUUCCGGGACCUCUGACUCUGAUCCCCAGUACGUUGUCUUUACUGGCGCGUCAAACGCCAUGGUCUUUCUUACAGACCAAGAACGACCCGAAAUCUUGUACACUGUCAAAGAAAACACCUCGCUCAACUACCUAAUUUGGGAAGCUUGGGAUGGCAACAAAUACGCACCCAUCAGCAAUGCCACUUUCGUCUCGGAGAAUUCUGUGAAAAUUGAUGGACCCUUUGCCGAUGUUGCUCGCAACGGCGCAACGCUCAAUUUCACCUCGUUCCAUUCGACGCGCGCCAGCUUUACCAAUAACGCUAUGCGUCUCAUCAUGAAUUUCGAUGUCGAUGCCGAAAACCUCACCGGAAAUUCAUCGUCUGAGUUCUUCGCCGUCGUGGAUACCUCGGCUGCUAAAGCUGAGGCUUCGGCAGUCGUCAGCUCUGCAAAUGCUGAGUCGCCCACGGCUGAGGUUGUCAGCAGUGCUACGGCCACAGCAACUGACGCUUCAAAUAACACCGGUGGCAACACGGGCAGCACCGACACAGAAUCCACCACGUCUGCCUCGACCACCAACAACAGCAAACCCUCCAAGGGCGGCGGUGGUGGUCUCGCUACAGGUGCUAUUGCUGGAAUUGCCGUGGGUGCUAUCAUUGGUGCUAUCAUCAUUGGCGCCAUGAUUUGGUUCUUCCUCCGCAAACGCCGCCAGAACAAGAAGCUCGCAGGCGGCUACACUGCUACCGACUCAGGCAACGCUUAUAUAGUGGACAAGGAGACACAUGGCCGCACCACCGACUCACCCAACUCACCCUACUCUGAUGAGAAUGGCACCCACAACAUUCCUAUUGAGAGCACGGCUAGAGACGAACCAGCCAUCGCUCCGGUGGAGCGUGGCCUCCCUCGGACGUCUACCGGGGGCUCCCAGGGCGGACGCAGCGCUAGCGGUGCCCAGACACCACAGGGCGUGUCAACCAAUGUGGCCCAUCUUGUGGAGGACGGUAUGACGGCCGACGAGAUCCGCAGACUGGAGGAGGAGGAGCGGCAGCUAGACGAUGAAAUCGAACGUGCGGCGAGACGGUAG